ACUCUGAACUUGUCACUAUGACAACUGUCAGCAUAAAGCCUGGCUGCCUGGCAAACAAAAUGGCGGACUGAUUCUCGGGAACCGCUCGAGAAACAGGUCUUCAAAAUGGUUCGAAUCACAGAAACGUUAUUGAGAAAACGAGCUGAACACAACAAUUGUGAGAUUUUUACAUUGGAAGAAAUUUCACUCCAUCAACAAGAGAUUGAAAGACUAGAGCUUCUUGAUAAACUAUGCAGAGAUCUCAAAAUAUUAUACCUUCAAAGUAAUUUGAUUCCAAAAAUAGAAAAUGUUUCAAGACUCAAAAAGCUAGAAUAUAUCAACUUGGCCCUGAAUAAUAUCACCAGAAUAGAAAAUCUAGAAGGAUGUGAGUCACUAAAGAAGUUGGACUUAACAGUUAACUUUGUUGAUGAAUUGACAAGCAUCAAGUCACUCAAAUGCAACAUUCACUUGCAAGAAAUGUUCCUUACUGGAAAUCCAUGUACAGAUUAUGAUGGUUACAGAGAAUAUGUAAUUGCCACCUUGACACAGCUGAAGUGGUUGGAUGGGAAGGAAGUUGAGAAAUCAGAAAGAAUUCUUGCUCUUCAGGAGUAUGGAACCGUUUCAAAGAAGAUUGAAGAACAACAAGAAGCAUACAAACUAAAACAGCAAAAGGAAAAAGAAGAUUCCAAACAUGAUGAAAAACGCAAGGAAGAUCGUCCCAAGAACUGGUACACAGAUAUAGGAAAUUCUGAUGACAGACCAGAAAGAAUCAAGCAGGAAGAGGAAGAAGAGAGACGAUACUGGCAGGAGAAAGUCGAGUACACGCCGGAGUCGCGAAUGGAGUUGCACAAACACAUGGAAGAGAAACGCAAGCGUCAGGAUGAAAGGGACAGACAGCGACUUGAGGGGGAUCAACCAAAACGGGUCACGAAAUUCUUUACUGAGGAUGGCAGACCCUUAAAUCUGAAUCAGGGCAAGCUGGAUUUCUACCUGACUGACGACGAAGAGAAUAACACAUUUAUCCUCGAUUUGGCAUGCUACAAACACGUCGACACUUCCCUGAUUGACGUGGACGUACAACCUCAUUACGUAAGGGCAGUCAUCAAGGGAAAGGCAUUCCAACUUGUGCUGUCCGAGGAGGUAAAGCCAGACUCCAGCUCUGCCAAGCGGUCACAGACAACAGGUCACCUCCUCAUCACAAUGCCAAAGAUGAAAGAAACAAUCCAGCCUGUGAAACGUGUACAGAAAAUAUCGCAGCCUAAAUUGGAGCAGAAAGACACUAAGACAACAAACUCUACAGUUCAACAAGGGACAAAACAUGAACGACUUGAGGUUGGAAAAGCAGUGAACAAAGAGAUGGAUUUUAGUCAGAUUGUAGAAAAUGACAGUAAGAAAAAUACAUCUGCAAGCAGUAAGGCCAAGCCAGAGCCAAAAGUUGAGCUUGAGGAAGACAAUGAGGACUUUGUUGAUGACCCCGAAGUACCCCCUCUUAUAUAGGGCUAAGUGGUACAGCAGCAGGAAAAUGUUUAAGAUCAAGUACUGAAGGAUAUGAUGGAGAACAAGCUUCCACUUAUACAGAUCUAAGUGUUGCAGGGAGGAGAUAUGUAUGUCAAUAAUCCUGGACAAGGCUUGACUGCAUAGUUAUGAAGGACAUCUUAACCCAACACUGAAUCUAUGUUAUAAUGGUGUCCUGCUCUUUUUGAUAUGUUGCCUGUACACACCUAUUCCAAGGUUGUCAGUGCAAAUGGCAGUUCUACAACCAAACGUUACCAUGCGUCUCGAAGAAUAUGGAUAAAUCAAAACAAUUAUCCAUUAACGGUUACUAAUGCUUGGCUCUGACAUUGCUGGACUUUAUUUAACACCAUUAAUUUUACGAAUCAUUAGUACCUAUAAGCCAUUUGACAUUUGCCAUUCACCAUUUGCCUUGACAACCUUUUGUGAAAUAGGUGUAUACAGUGAUACACUACGUCUAAGAUGUUCAUUAGGAAUAGGCAGUGGGAAAGAGAAAACAAAGUAGAAACAAGUCUGUACAUAAAACUGCAAGUUUUAAUGAGAAAGCUUAAAUUUUUAAUAGCAUAAAUGCACCAGAUUACUUCGAGUCAAUAAUUACAAAACAAUCUCUAAUGAUUUUAAACGGAAGUUUUAAUAACAAACUAUUUAUGCUAUCCUUACAAAUAAACAAUUAUUUACUAUGAGGUCUCCAGUGAAAUAAAUCUUUAUCUUAAUAUUUUCCACUGGACAGGCAAACUAAGGAUUUAUAAAUCCAUUCCAUUCGCAUACCAACUUAUAAUAGAACAAUUAAAAAUUUCAAAUGGUUCUCUAAUA